CACUUCUGAAUAUGGGCUACCUCCUCGAAUUCCCCUAUAAGCCCAUGUUCAUGCAUCAAACAAAGGCGAGGAGGACGCACAACCAACCAGUGUGAAGUGCAAGCUAUAGCUGUGUUAUUUUCCACUGCGCAAAAAAAUCUAAUUUCCAGUCCGUUUUCAAUUUUUGGGUUCCAGGUGAAGGCAUAACCUGUGCUUCAUAGCCUAAACGCAGGGCUGUUAGUAGCCUACUCGGUAUUCCUUCACACGAUUGUGGGGGUGAGGGUACCCGGUUGGGGUACCCAUGUGCAAAGAUGUCAGACGAGAGACAGGUGAUGCGCUCUCUGCAUGCAUCCCGUCUUCAACAGGGGGAGCACAGCCACGGAACGUGCGGUCGAACAGCAUGAGUUGAGGGAUUCUUCCGCUCAUCAUAUCUAAGCAGAACAGGGACCAUGCAAGCAGCAGAGUGGAGAUUUGAGCAGCUGUAUCGUCCUACGGAUACUUCAGGCAUCCUUUCACUCUAAAAGCGUUCUCUUCUUACCGACGUUGAAUGACAAGGCGGAAUGGCAGGUGGACGUCGAGGACUUGUGGCCCCACAAAACACUUUCCUCGAGAACAUCGUCCGACGAUCCAAUGAUACCAACUUUGUUCUGGGCAAUGCCCAGAUUGUGGACUGGCCCAUUGUGUACAGCAACGACGGCUUCUGCAAGCUCUCCGGUUACCACCGUGCUGAGGUCAUGCAGAAAAGUAGCACCUGCAGUUUCAUGUAUGGGGAGCUCACAGACAAGGAGACGGGUGAGAAAGUGCAACAGACCUUUGAGAAUUACGAGACGAAUUCGUUCGAAAUUCUCAUGUAUAAGAAGAAUCGGAUGCCGGUGUGGUUCUUUGUAAAGAUCGCACCGAUCAGGAAUGAGCAGGACAAGGUGGUGUUGUUUCUGUGCACUUUCAGUGACAUCACCGCAUUCAAACAGCCCAUUGAGGAUGACUCUGUGAAAGGAUGGGGUAAAUUCGCUCGGCUCACACGGGCUCUGACGAGCAGCCGGGGAGUGUUGCAGCAGCUGGCGCCCACCGUCCACAAGGGCGAGAACGUCCACAAGCACUCUCGUCUUGCUGAGGUCCUCCAGCUGGGCUCAGACAUCCUCCCGCAGUACAAGCAGGAGACGCCUAAAACUCCUCCCCACAUCAUUCUCCACUACUGCGCCUUCAAGACCACCUGGGACUGGGUCAUCCUCAUCCUGACCUUCUACACAGCCAUCAUGGUGCCCUACAACGUCUCAUUCAAGACCAAGCAGAACAAUGUCACCUGGCUGGUGGUGGACAGCAUCGUGGAUGUCAUCUUUCUGGUGGACAUCGUGCUCAACUUCCAUACCACAUUUGUGGGGCCAGCCGGAGAGGUCAUCUCGGACCCCAAACUGAUCCGGAUGAACUACGUCAAGACGUGGUUCGUCAUCGACCUGCUCUCCUGCCUGCCGUACGACGUCAUCAAUGCCUUCGAGAACGUUGACGAGGGCAUCAGCAGUCUCUUCAGCUCCCUCAAAGUGGUCCGUCUGCUCCGCUUGGGCCGGGUGGCCCGUAAACUGGACCACUACAUUGAGUACGGGGCCGCUGUCCUGGUUCUGCUGGUGUGCGUCUUUGGCCUGGCUGCCCACUGGUUGGCCUGCAUCUGGUACAGCAUCGGCGACUACGAGGUCAUUGACGAGAACACCAACAGUGUGAGGAUGGACAGCUGGCUCUACAUAUUGAGCGAAUCGGUGGGGACACCGUACCGCUUCAACGCCAGUGGCUCCGGGAGGUGGGAAGGCGGGCCUAGCAAGGACUCGGUCUACAUCACUUCCCUCUACUUCACCAUGACCAGCCUGACCAGCAUCGGCUUCGGCAACAUCGCCCCCACCACAGAUGGAGAAAAACUCUUCGCUGUGGCAAUGAUGAUGAUCGGAUCACUCCUGUACGCCACCAUCUUCGGUAAUGUCACUACCAUCUUCCAGCAGAUGUACGCCAACACCAACCGCUACCACGAGAUGCUCAACAGCGUCCGCGACUUCCUCAAGCUCUACCAGGUGCCCAAAGGCCUCAGCGAACGCGUCAUGGACUACAUUGUCUCCACAUGGUCCAUGUCUAGAGGCAUCGAUACAGACAAGGUGUUGCAGAUCUGCCCCAAGGACAUGCGGGCGGACAUUUGCGUCCAUCUUAACAGAAAGGUGUUCAAGGAGCACCCAGCCUUCCGACUGGCGAGCGACGGGUGCCUACGGGCCCUGGCCAUGGAGUUCCAGACCAUCCACAGUGCCCCCGGAGACCUCAUCUACCACGCGGGCGAAAGCGUAGACAGCCUCUGCUUUGUGGUGUCCGGGUCCUUGGAGGUCAUCCAGGACGAUGAGGUUGUGGCCAUAUUAGGAAAGGGAGACGUGUUUGGGGACGUCUUCUGGAAGGAGGUGACCCUAGCCCAGGCUUGCGCCAACGUUCGGGCCUUGACUUACUGCGACCUCCACGUCAUCAAGCGUGAAGCUCUGCAGAAAGUUCUGGAGUUCUACACGGCCUUCUCUAACCACUUCUCCCGCAACCUGCUGCUCACCUAUAACCUCAGAAAGAGGAUAGUGUUCCGGAAGAUCAGUGAUGUGAAACGUGAGGAAGAGGAGAUGCUCAAGAGGAAUAAUGAGGCCCCUCUGAACCUUCCUCCGGACCACCCCGUCCGUCGCCUUUUCCAGCGCUUCCGGCAGCAGAGGGAGGCGCGACUGGCAGCAGAGCGAGCUAGUCAGGGGGAGCCACCAGACGUGGAGAAGGGCACCAUCCACCUGGAGCAAACCAAGAUCCACGAGGUCCUCGCCUCCACCAGCAUCAUCAUGGUGACCGAGAGCCCUGCCACUCCCGCAGCCCAGUCCACACUGUCAUCUUUGUCCUCCAGGCCCUCUAGCCGAGUCAUGCUUCAUGCCCCGGCCAUCCAAAAUGGCAACCUCGUAGGCUGCAAGUCCGCAGAGCCUGCGCCAAAGACCAAAAAAGGCUGGGGUCGUUUCAAGGAAUCCGUUGUGAAAGCAGAGUCAUGGAGCAGCGUUUCUAAGGCCGAGUCCAUGGAGACCUUGCCGGACAGGACUAAGUCACAUAACGAGAUGUCUCUCAAGAAGACGGACUCUUGUGACAGCGGUAUUACCAAGAGCGACCUGCGCUUAGAUAACGUGGGUGAUGCCCGCACUCCACAGGACCGGAGCCCUGUGCAGUCAGAAGGGAAGCUGGUUGUCUGUCCUAUACCCGUACAGACCAUGCACGCCUCUUUCCUGGAGCUGAAGCAGGAACUUAGGGGAGACAUUGGGUCUCUUAAUGGCCGCAUGGCGGUGGUGGAGGCACAGCUGGCCGAGAUGCUUCAACUGCUAAAAUCAAAAAAGGCCUCUAGUUCGAAAAAGGCCUCUCGCUCAUCCAGUUUCUUUGAGAUGUCACGACCGGCAUCCCCCGAUUCCGAUAAGGACGACAGCUUCUCACAAUCUUGACACUGCAUAUUUUGGCAGUCUAUGCAGUGUUUCUCAACACCAGUCCCUUAUUACUCCCAACAGUACACAUUUUUUGUUGUAGCCCCGGACAAGCACACCUGAUUCAACUUGUUAAUUAUCAAGCCCUCAAUGAGUUGAAUCAGAUGAGUUUGUCCGGUGCUACACCAAAAAUGUGUGCUGUUGGCGGUACUCAAACUGGAGUUGUGAAGCAUUGGUCUAUGGGACAUGAAGUGAAUACAUCCCAGAGUUCAUCCAGGAGCUGGCUGAGGUGUUGCAAAAAUCUGAGAGAGGUUUUGUGAAGACUUGGGCAAUAAGAUGUUCCCAAAUUAGUACAGAUGAGUAAUGAGGGAUUUUCUUACCCUUUUAUUAUUAUUAUUAGAUAUAAGGGUAAUCUGGAUAAAAAGAUGCACAUCUGGAUUAUCUCUGCACCUUGAGGCACGUACUGUGUGAUAUUCCAUGGAUCUCCUUUUGUAGGGGUCCAAACUGUAAACAGCAUAAAUAACGUAUUUGUUGUCAAAUUUCUUUUCAAUUGGACUCGUUUUAGUUUUAACUUGGACACACAUUUCUCAUGGUAAAAUGACUAAGACCUUAAGGAGGUUUUCAUGAAAUCUGUGCACUCAAUUGAAAUUAGCAAUAAUAUUUUAUUGCAUUUAUAUAGUUUUUCACCAGGUCUCACAGCACUUCACUUUGCAGGGGGUGAUGUGGCCAUGAUAACAUGAACACUGUAGAGCAACAGUGAAGAUGCACAUAUCGAAAAUGACAUUGUCCAUGAAUGGAUUUGCUUUCAUUAUAGUUUGUCAAAGGUUAAUGCAUUACUGGGUUAAAGUACAAUCUUGUAAAUAAUGAUAGAUUGUUAUGUUGGAUAUCCAUCACUGCCCAAUGGCAGCAAGUACAGUACAGCAUGUACAGUACAUGAGCACAGUUGCACAAUAUGAAAGUGUACCAUGUGUGGUAUAACUUCAGUGGGAAAGCUGGAUAUUUAGAAUUUUUGUGUGUGUUAAAUGUCCUCGCAUGAUAACAUGUUUGGUCAUUAUAAUACGGUAUGUUGCAAAAUUUAAGUUACACCAAAAAUACAUGUUUGAGCCAUUUCUAAAGUAGGCGUUUUCACCCCAUCCAACCGUUAUGUUAUUUGGUUUUGUCCAGUCAACAACCAAACAAAUGUUGUUAUGCUAGCUCAAAGCACGCAUUGGCAACAACUGUAAACUUGUUUAGUCACGCAAAUUUACACAAAAAUACCUUGAAAGCAGUGUGGUUUGUUAUUUACGCCAUUGCUCUCUCUUUGUAUUAAAAUGAGGGGAAAAUCAUGAUUGUGAACUUUCAAUGUAUGGUGGAAACCAUGGCACCUUUUCAACCAACGUCCAACGUCCAUCACUGUUGAUAUAAUAUGCAAAGUAUUGCCAUUUAUAUUGUGUCUGUAGCAUUUGUAUUGCAAUGUUAAAGGAGUAAAAUUUGAUAUUUGUACAGACAGGUCCAGAAUUAUUGGAACCCUUGAUAAAGAUGAGGAAAAAUAAAUAAUACAUAAUGAGAUAUAUUGUAUGCCAAACAAAAUUUUGGGAAAUUAUAUAUUUUAUACUAAUAAAUUUGCUCAGAGAUAGAGAUUUUGUUUGACAAGUAAUAAUUGUUUUCUCUAAAAAAAGAUAGGGGUCAAAAUGAUUGGCACCCCUGUUUUAAAUACUCUGGCACCCUCCCCCUUGCGAGGAUAAUGGCACUGAGCCUUUUCUGAAAUGUUUUAUGAGAUUGGAGAACACAUUGGGAGGGAUCUUAGACCAUUCCUCCAUACGGAAUUUUCCCAGAUGCUUGAUAUCCUUUGUCUGCACUUAUGGACUGCCGUCUUCAAUUCAAACUACAGGUUUUUAUUGGGGUUCAAGUCCAUAGACAGAUGGCCAUUGCAAAAUAUAGAUGUGGUGGUCAAUUAACCAUUUCCUUUGUGUAUUUUGAUAUGCGCUUGGGGUUAUUGUCUUGCUGGAAGAGCAACUUGCAGCCAAGUUUCAUCCUCUUGGCAGAGGCAACCAGGUUUUUGGGAUAAAAUACCCUAGUACUUGGUAAAGUUCAUGAUGCCAUUGACAUUAAGGGCCCCAGGACCAGUGGAAGCAAAAUAGCUCAUAACAUCAAAAGAUCCACCACCAUAAAGUAGGUAUGAGGUUAUUUUCUGCAUAUGCAUUCUUCUUUUGAUGCCAAACCCACCACUCCUGUGCAUGGCCAAAGAGCUCUACUUAUGUCAUCUGACCAUGCUCAGGUUCCAAUCCAAGUGCCAAUGCAAACUCCCAAGCGUUUCCCUUGUGGGUUGCUCUCAAUUAAGUUUUUCUGGCAACCCUUCCAAAAAGCCUAUUGGCAUGGCGUCUAAUUAUAGAUUUAAAGUCUUACUUGGUGAACUGAAGAUGUUCUGUAAUUCUCCAAAUUUCUCUCUUAGAUUUUUCUUUACAUCCCAAACCAUCUUCUUUACUGUGGGGACAAGAUAAACAUACGUCUAAUAUCAGGCAGGUUUACCACUGUUCCAUAAGUUUUAAACCUCCUAGUUGUUGGCAUAAUAGUGGUAAGUGGUAAUUAUUUUGUACCCGCUGCCUGAUUUAUGAAGGUCAACAACCAUCUCUUUUCAUUGUGAGUUCUUCGCCUUUUCCCAUGGUGAUAGAUGAUACAUUUACAUGCGUGUUACCUAAUUUUAUACCCCAGUAAAACAGGGAGCCAUGGAAGACCACAACACAGUUAGUUAAGGUGAGAUUAAUUUUAAAAAGUAGAAUGUUAAUGCAGAUUGUUUGUUUUCAUGAGAAUCUUUAGGGGUGCCAUUAAACUUUUUGAGAUAUAUUUUUUUCUCUGAGCAAUUGUAUUUGAGCAUACAACAUAGCUCAGCAUUUGUACUUACAGUGCAUUCGGAAACUUUUUCCACAUUUCAUUACAACCUUAUUUUAAAAUGGAUUAAACAGUUUUUUUCCCUCAUCAAUCUACACACAAUACCCCAUAAUGACAAAGCAGAAACAGGUUUUUAGAAAUGUUUGCAAAUGUAUAAACACCAACUGAAAUAUCACAUUUACAUAAGUAUUCAGACCCUUCACGCAGUACUUUGUUGACGCACCUUUUGCAGCGAUUACAGCCUUGAGUCUUCUUGGGUAUAAUGCUACAAGCUUGGCACACCUGUAUUUAGGGAGUUUCUCCCAUUUUUCUCUGCAGAUUCUCUCAAGCUCUGUCAGGUUGGAUGGGGAGCACCGCUGCACAGCUAUUUUCAGGUCUCUCAAGAGAUGUUAGAUUGGUCCGGGCUCAGACUGGGCAUUCAGAGACUUGUCACGAAGCCAUUCCUUCAUUGUCUUGGCUGUGUGCUUAAGGUCGUUGUCCUGUUGGAAGGUGAACCUUCGCCCCAGUCUGAGGUCCCGAGUGCUCUGGAGCAGGUUUUCAUUAAGGAUCUCUGUACUUUGCUCCGUUCAUCUUUGCCUCGAUCCUGACUAAUCUCCCAGUCCCUGCCGCUGAAAAACAUCCCCACAACAUGAUGCUGCCACCACCAUGCUUCACCAAAGGGAUGGUGCCAGGUUUCCUCCAGAUGUGACAUUUGGCCAUUCGGCCAAAGAGUUCAAGCUUGGUUUCAUCAGACCAGAGAAUCUUGUUUCUCAUGGUCUGAGAGUCCUUUAGGUGCCUUUUGGCAAAACUCCAAGCGGGCUGUCAUGUACCUUUUACUGGAGGAGUGGCUUCCGUCUGGCCACUACCAUAAAAGGCCUGAUUGGUGGAGUUCUCCAAAGUUCCAUCUCUACAGAGGAACUCUGGAGCUCCGUCAGAGUGACCAUCGGGUUAUUGGUCACCUCCCUGACCAACGCCCUUCUCCCCCAAUUGCUCAGUUUGGCCGGGCGGCCAGCUCUAGGAAGAGUCUUGGGGGUUCUAAACUUCUUCCAUUUAAGAAUGAUGGAGGCCACCGUGUUAAUUUCUGCAGAUUCAAUGCUGCAGAAAUGUUUUUGUACCCUUCCCCAGAUCUGUGCCUCGACACAAUCCUGUCUCUGAGCACUACAGAAAAUUUAUUCGACCUCAUGGCUUGAUUUUUGCUCUGACAUGCAGUGUCAACUGUGGGACCUUAUAUAUAGACAGAAGUGUGCCUUUUCAAAUCAUGUCCAAUCAAUUGAAUGUACCACCAGGUGGACACCAAUCAAGUUGUAGAAACAUCUCAAGGAUGAUCAAUGGAAACAGGAUGCACCUGAGCUCAAUUGAGUCUAAUAGCAAAAGGUCUGAAUACUUAAAUUAAAAAAACAUACCUUAUUUACACAAGAUAUUUUCCAAGACUUCUAAAAAGAAAAAAAACUUUUCGCUUUGUAAUUAUGGGGUAUUUAAUCCAUUGUAUAAUAAGGCUGUAACGUAACAAAAUGUGGAAAAAUUCAAGGAGUCUGAAUAGUUUCCGAAUGCACUGUAUACAGUCUUUUUUGCUUAUCUUUAUCAAGGGUGCUAAUCAUUUUGCAUAUAAUGUAUAAGGAAUAUAAAUCAGUUGCACUUUUGCCAUUUAAAGAAAUGUUGUAGUCAAUGCAUGAGAACUGCAUCUGAAUUUGUAUUUUCCUUGAGCAAUUAUAAAAAGACAUUGAAAAUGAAUCAGUAUCUCCCAAUGCUGGCCCUUGACACUCCCUUUCUACACAUUUAUUAUUCAUGGAUUAACACCAAUAAUUUAAAUUAGAAAACAAAUUGGAUUCAACUCAUAUUUAACCCUGGCUUUGAAUCUUCUAUGUCGUUCCUGCAGCCUUGUUUGUUGUGCACAUGAUUGCAACACAAUGUUUGUACUUGACCUUAAAACUGUAAUAACAAUGUAUGCACUGUUCUAGAAUUUCAGAUUUGGAGGAAUACUAAUAAUGAAUUGUAAGGACUAAUAAUGAAUAGUAAGGAAAGUUUUCAUACCCCUUGCCUUUUUACAUAUUUUGUUGUGUUACAGCCUGAAUUUAAAAUGUAUUAUAUUUAGAUUUUUAAGCCACUGGUCUACACACAAAUUAUGGAAUUAUGUUUUUAGACAUGUUUACAAAAAUGAAAAGCUUAAAUGUCUUGAGUCAAUAAGUAUUCAACCCCUUUGUUAUGGCAAGCCUAAAAAAGUUCAAGUCACUGUGUUCAGUAAUAGUUUUUAAACAUGAUUUUUGAAGGACUACCUCCAUACAUACAAUUAUCUGUAAGAUCCCUCAGUUGAAGAUGUAAAUUUCAACCACAAAGAAGAGGGAGGUUUUGCAAUGCCUUGCGAAGGGUACUUAUUGGUAGAUGGGUAAAAAAACAAAGAACAGACAAUGAAUAUCCCUUUGAGCAUGGUCAAGUUAUUAAUUACAUUUUGUAUGUUGUAUCAAUACACCCAGUCACUACAAAGAUACAGGUGUCCUUCCUAACUCAGUUGCCGGAGAGGAAGGAAACCACUCAGGGAUUUCACCAUGAGGCCAAUGGUGACUUGAAAACAGUUAGAGUUUAAUGGCUGUGAUAGGAGAAAACAACAGAGAAUGGAUCAACAACAUUGUCAAUUAGGUUAUUACUGUGGAAUAACUACAGAGUGAAGACAAAAGCCUGCACAGAAGGAAAAAAACAUUCCAAAACAUGCAGUUAAGUAAAUAUUGCAAAAGUAAUACUGCAAAAAAUGUGGCUAAUUUUGUCCUGAAUACAAAGUGUUACUGAGUAGCACUCUACAUAUUUUCAAGCAUAGUGGUGGCCGCAUCGUGUUAUGGGUAUGCAUGUAAUCGUUAAGGACUGGGGAAUUUUUCAGAACAAGAAAUAAAUGGAAGGAGCUAAGCACAGGCAAAAUUCUAGAGGAAAACCUGGUUUAGUCUGCUUUCCACCAGACACGGGGAGAUGAAUUCACCUUUCAGCAGGACAAUAACCUCAUCCACAAGGCCAAAUCUACAGUGGAGUUGCUUACCAAGAAGACAGUGAGUGUUCCUGAGUGGCCAAUUUACCGUUUUGACUUAAAUCUGCUUGAAAAAUCUAUGGCAAAAUCUGAACAUGGUUGUCUAGCAAUAAUCAACAACCAAUUUAACAGAACUUGAACAUUUUUGAAAAUAAUACAUGGGAAAUUGCACAAUCCAGGUGUGGACAGCUCUGAGAGACUUACCCAGAUAUACUCACUGCUGUAAUCGCUGCCAAAAUUGUGAUUCUAACAUCAAAUCAAAUUGUAUGUGGAAUACAACAGGUGUAGGUAGACCUUACAGUGAAAUGCUUAUUACAAGCCCUUAUCUAUUUUUACAUAACUGCAUUGUUGGUUAAGUACAUUUUUUUAUGACAAAUAAUUAAAGAGUAGCAGUUAAAUAACAGUAGUGAAGCUACAUACAGGGGUACCAGUACAGAGACAAAGUGCGAGUGCACAGGUUAGUCGAGGUAAUAUGUACAUGUAGGUAGAUUUAGUGACUAUGUACAGAUAAUAAACAGAGUAGCAGCAGCGUAACAGAGGGAGGGGGGGGGGGGGCAAUGCAAAUAGUCUGGAGGUAACCAUUUGAUUAGCUGUUCAGUAGUCUUAUGGCUGGGGGUAGAAGCUGUUAAGAAGCCUUUUGGACCUUGACUUGGCGCUCCGGUACCGCUUGCCGUGCGGUAGCAGAGAGAACAGUCUAUGACUGAGGUGGCUGGAGUCUGUGACAAUUUUUAGGGCCUUCCUUCUGACACCGCCUGCUAGAGAGGUCCUGAAUUGUAGGAAGCUUGGCCCCAGUGAUGUACUGGGCCGUACGCACUACCCUCUGUAGCGCCUUAUGGUCAGAUGCCGAGCAGCUGCCAUACCAGGUAAUGAUGCAACCAGUCAGGAUGCUCUCGAUGGUGCAGCUGUAGAACUUUUUGAGGAUCUGAGGACCCAUGCCAAAUCUUUUCAGUCUCCUGAGGGGGUAUAGGCUUUGUUGUGUCCUCUUCACGACUGUCUUGGUGUGUUUGGACCAUGAUAGUUUGUUGGUGAUGUGGACACCAAGGAACUUGAAGCUCUCAAUAUGUAUUGACUCAAGUGGUUGAAUACUUAUCUAAUCAAGAUAUGUGUUUCAUCUUUAUUCACAAAUGUUAGAAUUUUUCUUAUAAUUAAGAGCAUUUUUUGUAUAUUGUUGACCAAAAAAAUUACAAUGAAAUCCAUUUUAAUCCCACUUUAACAAAAUGUGGAAAAUUAUAGGUGUAUGAAUACUUUCUAAAUGCACUGUACAUGUUAUUCUAUUCACAUAGUGUCACAAAGAUGAGUAUUUGUAAAAAGUGUAUAAUGUUCAUAUUAAAUUAUUUUGUACUUUG